CAUGGAUGCCAGAAAUAAUAUGACAAAAGCUCAACUUUUAGCAAAAAUUAAUGAAUUAACAACAACGUUCGAAGAACAAAAAAAUGAAAUGAAAAAAACGUUCGAGGAACAAAAAAAUGAAAUGAAAAAAACCCAUACUAACGAAAUCAGUCUUUACC